AUGGGCCAGGGAAGUUUGACGGGCUUUACCUUGGGCCUUGGGUAUUCCAACAACCCACGCCAGCCGCGGCCGAACAACCAAAGCACAUUAAAGGAGCCCACCCCCUUCGAGGUGCUGCUCCGGAUCUUGCUCUCAGACGACUUUGGUUUCGUAUUGCCUCUGCACCGCUUCACAAGCUGUCCAGUCCGACUUCCUGUUUCUGCCCUCGGUAGACAAGAGGCCUAUCCAUCGUCCAUUGUUGCGCCCCGUCAGCCGCCGACGCCCGCUGCGUUUCCGUCCAUCACCUUACUCAGACCGCCGGCAUUACCUAAGCUAGCUGAGACCCGUCACUUUACCUCACCUUGGGACGCCCUGACGCCGACCGUGUCCGAAGCUGAAGCUGUCAGAGGAAAAAAGGAGUUUGUUGGAUUCGCAGAUUCGGUUGUUGAAUUCUGGGUUACCGUUACGGACUUCCAGUGGCGCCUCCAGCUGUUCUCUCAACAAACCGGCUCCACCCAGCCCACAUAA